AUGCUUUCAUAAAGCAGCAGUAGAAAUCUUUUGGAGAACCCAAUAGGACCUGUUUUGCGUCAUGAUUCUAAUCCUUACAAAAGUUAUGAAAAAGAUCGGUCACCUUCGAGAUUGUCGAUAGAAUCUGAGCAGUAGCUUAAGAGAAACAAUAGUGAUGGUAUCAAGAUGAGUGUUCACGAAAUGGGAGAAAAAAAGAAAACUAUAAAUUUUAAUAUUGCCAGAAGGAAGUCCACAAGACCAUAAUAAGUAAGAGUGUUGUAAAUAAAAGUCAAACAAGCGCAAAUCAGAUUAGGCAAGAAAAUUCGAAGGGUUGUCAAUCUUAAGAACCAUGCAACAGAAUUAGCUCAUUUAAAAGUUUGUAAAUACACUACUAAUGAAAUCCUACAUUUUGUCUCGACAUAAUAAGUACCUUCUAAAUUAAGAAAGCUACAUGCAAUCCAAGGUUGA